AUGUCUCGAGUCCCUUUCGAGCUCCUAGAGCUCACCAUCCUCUCGGCCCAGAAUCUCGCCCCCGCGUCCCAAAAUCUACCAAAAAAUCUAUGCAAAAACUUGUCCAAGCAUCAAAAAACCUACACGGUCGCAUGGAUCGACCCGACCCGCAAGCUAAAAACCCGACCCGACACCAAGGGCAAUAACAACCCGCAUUGGAACCAGAAGUUCGUGUAUCGGGUCGACAAGGACAUGGACUCGGACACGGCCUCUGUCGUCAUGGAAAUCUACGCGGUCGGGUGGUUCAAGGACAACCUCGUCGGCUCCGUCACCGUUUUAAUCCGCGACCUCAUCCCGGCCGCCGUCCGCCACGAGCGCCGCGUGGUGGCCCUCCAGGUCCGCCGCCCCCACUCCGGGCGGCCCCAGGGCAUCCUCAGCAUCGGCGUCGCCCUCCUCGACAACACCAUGAAGAGCAUGCCGCUCUGCCCGGCGUUCGUCGUCGGAGGCUCCGGCGACCUCGCCGGAGCCGGCGCCGGCGAAGUUGCCGGAGAGAAAAAAUUGACCCGGACGCUCAGCGAUCAGACGGAUUUGUCGCGGUUGCCCGGGGAGAAUAAGCGGAAGAGGGUCGGUCCGAUUUGCCCCUUCGCCGGCGACCUCGCCGCCGACGUCGGCGACGGUACCGCCGCCGGCGCCGGCGCCGAUGAGUCGGUGAUAUCGGAUUUGGGGCCUUCGCCGUCGGUGGUGGCGAUCGCGGUGGCGCACGGGCUGUAUCCGCUGCAGCAGCGGCCGGCGGCGAAUCCGGGGAGCUUGGUGCUGGAGGAUUGGACGGUGAAGCGGGAGGAGGCGAAGGCGGAGGAUUUGCAGACGAAGCUGGAGCAAUGGCGGCUGGACCAAGGGUACCAGAGGCUCGGAAACGGCGUCGAUACUAAGAUGCUGAGGAAGAGCAUACACCGCCGGAGUAGAACGGCGGAAGGCAGCGAGGGCGACGGCCGGUUCUCGUGCUUCGGGAAUGCGUGCGGUUGCGAAUUAUCCUUGAGUUACGGUGGCGGCGGGAAGAAUCGGCACCGUGAUUCCGCUAGCGGAAUUGUAAUUUCUUGA